CUGCCGACAUUCGUAUACUUUGUGUGCUAACAUCCGUGGUAGCUGUUAUCGAACGUAUCGGGAACAAAAUUGUCGCAAAACUAUCCAUUUCCCGUAGCACUGUUACCGUUUACGUGUGGUAAACUGUACUGUAGUAACGCCCGUGACAGGAAAUGCAGGUGCAACCAGCCCGGUGAGAAUGUUUCGCAAGGAAGAUAUGCUUACGACGCCACAGGAACGACAGAGGAAAAAGUUACGCUUCCGCGGUGACCUAGCGGCACACUAUGGUUUUAACCGGGAUUCCGUCGGCUCCGGGCUAAACGGGACGACGGGCAACAGUCGUAUCGAGGAGAUAUCUUCAGAGGACGAUACCAAACGGUCACUGAGUGGAGAGGCUACCGAAGAGCGUAACGAAAGGGGAAGCUUGUACGAUUUCGUUCGAAUAGAGCUAACGCGAGGGUACGUGUUGGAGCAUGACGAAGAACGCUACUCGGCACGGCGGGAGAAAAUCUACUCCUUCCUCAAGAUACCCCGCGAGCUCGAGAGCUUCAUGCUGUACGGUGUGCUGCAGUGUGCCGAUUCAUUUCUGUACAUCUACACCUUUCUACCGAUAAGAUACCUGCUUGCCCUUUGGGCACUGAUAAGCCGCCCAAUUGCACGCUGCAUCGGCCUGCGGCGUCCAUCGCAGCGAUUGCUAGCGCCGGCCGAAAUUUGCGAUCUGCUUAAGGGCACCAUCUGGAUCAUAUGCAGCUACACGCUGCUGUACGUCGACACGAACAUGCUGUACCACAUGAUCAAGAGCCAGUCGAUCAUCAAGCUGUACAUAUUCUACAACAUGCUCGAGGUGGGCGAUCGUUUGCUGUCGGCGUUCGGGCAGGAUACGAUCGAUGCCCUGUUCUGGACGGCGACCGAGCCGAAGGACAGCAAGCGGCAGCAUCUGGGGACCAUUCCGCACUUUCUCUUCGCGAUCGUGUACGUCACCAUGCACAGUGUGCUGGUGAUGUUCCAGGCGACGUCGCUUAACGUGGCCAUCAACUCGAACAACAAGGGUCUGCUGACGAUCAUGAUGUCGAACAACUUUGUCGAGCUGAAGGGCAGCGUGUUUAAGAAGUUCGACAAGAACAAUCUUUUCCAGCUGAGCUGCAGUGAUGUGCGGGAACGCUUUCACCUGUCGGUGCUGAUGCUGAUCGUGCUGAUACAGACGAUGAAGGAGUUCAGCUGGAAGCCGGAGCAGUUCUUUGUGAUGUUCCCGGACUGCAUGUACGUGAUGGUCACCGAGUGCCUGGUGGAUUGGAUUAAGCACGCGUUUAUCACGCGCUUCAACGAGAUCCCGUGCGAUGUGUAUCGAGAGUACACGACCAGCCUGGCGUACGAUAUGACGCAGACCCGCCAGAAGCACGCGUUCAGUGACCACUCCGAUCUGGUCGCUCGCCGAAUGGGUUUCAUACCGUUCCCACUCGGUGUCGUGCUUGUUAAAGCUCUCUACCAUGCGCUCUCGUUCGAGAACGCCGCUUCGGUGGUGAUAUUGUUCGUUGCCUUUCUAGUGCUGCUGAGUGGACGCGUUCUGAACACGAUUUGCGCCCUCGGCAAAGCGUGCGAUCUCACCCAAAAGCAUCAGGAUGAGAAGAAUCAAAGUGGAUGUCAUCCUUUUACAUCGACCCCAAUUCCAAGUAACGCACGGGGUGCUACCGGUGGAGGUAUCGGGCGAGCGACAAGUGACACCGCGACUUCCCCCAUCCAUCGCACGCAACCGCCACCGGUUGUGACAACGUCUCCCGCAUCGGCCACCUCACCAACAUCUCAAACAUCGGGUGUGUCCACGCCACCAUCGACCAUGGCGAUGUCGGUCAGUUCGCUGACCAGCUCAGGCAGCUCAACCGAUGUCUUACGGAAAACUUCCGGGCUCGGCGCAACGGCACUCUUCUCGAACAGUGACGUCGAUUUGGACGACGUGAAACUGAACGAUCAGGUGCUGAACGGAAGCUCGGUGGGAAGCGCCGAUCCGUGCGGUAGUCGGUCAGCUAAGGAGGAGGAUGAAAAUGUUGCCCGUAGCGUGCCGGAUCUGCAGCAGGAACCGGGCCUCGAGAAGCAACCGGGACGACUUCCAAGCGAUACGGUCGGUUCCGAUGGGAACGAAAGUUCUUCGGUCCAUCACCAUCAUCAGCAUCACCACGUUCGAACGCACAAACGAUCGGAAUCAGAACCGUCCAUUCAGCUCGAAGGUGGUGGUGGGUGAGUGGACAGACACGAUAAACAUGGCACGGUUUCUGGAAUUCACCGUAGUAAUUUAUUUUAACCCAACGGAUUUUAGCAUCAUCGGAUUAAUUGCAUUAAUUCUUGAUCAUUUGCAACAAGAGUACUUCCGCCGGAACGGUACUUCUUGUGAGGUACCAAAGGCUGACAUAAUUCUUAUACCACACGACGCGGCGUGUGUUUGUGUGUGCGUGUGCGCGCGUAGUCUGUAGUUUUUUUUCGCGUCCUUUAGUUUUGUUACGUUGUUUCCGUUUCGGUUGGCUACUUUACUGUUUUGUACUGCUCUAAUGGUCCCAUUAGGAUAUAAUGUUUGAUAAUAUGAGAAUAAACUAUAGAUACCAUGCAGCGCAAG